AUGUCAUCUCAAAACCAAGCAGUUGAACUCUUGGGCAAAAGCGCAGGUUAUGGUGUUCUCGUGGGUGUGGGUGCCCUUUUUGCAAUUGGUAUAGUCAUUGCUACCAAGCUCCUGAAUAAGUACUUGAACGAAAACUCAAACUCCACGGAAAUGUUUAUGGUUGCAAAUAGAAGCGUGGGGAUCGGUUUAACUAUUAGUGCGGUCUACCUGUCAUGGAGUUGGGCUACAUCCUUUUUGUGGAGUGUCACCAUGGUUUACUUGUACGGGGUUAUGUCCACAUUGUGGUAUGGGGCGGGUAUAACCUUCCAGAUCUGUCUCAUGGCGGUGCUUGGGAUUGAAGCAAAGAAGAAGAUCCCUGGAAGUCAUACCUCGUUGGAGAUCGUUGAAAUCAGAUACGGUAAAGCCUGUCACAUCUUGUACAUGUUCCUCUCCUUGGUUAACAACUUGUUGUCGUGCUCCUCGAUGAUUUUGGGAGCUGCUGGUGCCAUCUCUGUCAUUGCUGGGAACCUCAACAUUGUUGCUAGUACCAUGUUGAUCCCAUUUGGAGUCUUGCUUUACACCACCGUGGGGGGCUUGAAGUCUACUUUCCUUACCGACUUUGUCCAUUCAUUCAUUGUCUUAAUUGUCUUGUGCUAUAUCUCCACUGCUAUUUUGCAAAACGAACAAAUUGGAGGCAUUGGCGGUCUUUAUGAUUUGGCCGUUCAACAUGACGGUAAGCGGUACAUCGAGGGUAAUUACAAGGGCUCUCUCUUGACUGGGAAAUCUCAGGGCUCUCUAUUCUUUGGGUUAAUUCACGCCAUUGGUGAUUUGGGAUUGACAGUGAUGGAUAGUUCCUUCUGGCAAAAGAGUUAUAGUGCCAACUUGAAGUCUUCGGUACCAGGAUAUAUCAUUGCUGGUGCGCUUGUUUUUGCCAAUGUCUGGUCUUUGGGUACUAUUGCCGGGCUUGCCAAUGUCAUCUUGGAAGACAGUCCUUCUUUCCCGAUAUACCCACGUAAAAUGACGUCUUAUGAAAUAAACAGUGGAUUUGGAUUACCAUACGUUUUAAAAGCCAUUCUCGGAGAUGGGGCUCUUGGUGCAUUGUUGCUCAUCAUAUACCUUGCCGUCACUUCAACCGUCAGUGCCCAGAUGAUUUCUGUCAGUAGUAUCAUCUCCUUUGAUAUUUACAAGAAGUACAUCAACCCAAAUGCUAAAAACAAACAAUUGAUUCGGGUUUCCCAUCUUGGAGUGAUCUUUUUCGGACUUUUUUCAGCCGGGUUCUCAGUUAUGCUUCAUUUUGCCGGCGUUGAUAUGACAUGGAUGUCAUAUUUCUACUCCAUGCUUAUCUGUCCUGGGGUUAUCCCAUUGGUGCUUACCAUAACUUGGUCAAGACAAACAACCUUGGCUGCAUUUGUGUCUCCGAUAGUUGGAAUGAUUUCAGGAAUUACUGUCUGGUUGUCUACCGCAUACGCAUUGUAUGGUGAAGUGACUAUUGUUAGUACCGGUGAACAAUUGCCCUGCUUGUAUGGAUCUUUAACCACUGUUCUCUUGCCCGGUAUUCUCUCCAUUCUCAUUUCUCUCACCAUUAACCCUUCAAAGUUUGACUGGGCCAAAUUCAAGGAGUCGGAGAUCGUUGUUAUUGACGAAGAGGCGACCAGUACUGAAAUCUCAGAAGGGUCUUCUUCCGAUUUGGAUACGCCUCAGAUUGAGAAGUUGGAAGCGGAUACACAAGUUCUUGAAGUCGAUGAAAGUGACAGUGAAAAGCAAGUCCUGGAAGAUGACAAGGAAAAUGAGAGAAUAUUCAGUCUCUACUAUAAGUUGGCUUACGGCUCGACCAUUGGAUCUCUUUUAUUGACGUGGGUUGCGUGGCCAAUGCCACUCUACCGUGAUUGGAUUUUCAGCAAAACGUUCUUCAUCGGCUGGACUGGGAUGAGUGUUUUCUGGGUUUAUUUGGCGUUCGUGGUGGUUGGGUUAUUCCCACUUUGGGAUGGGAGACACUCACUUGCAAAGGUUUUUAGAGGUGCUUGGAGAGAUUACAUUGUUAGACAGUAG